CCCCCCCCCUCUGUUUCCCUCUCCCCCUACAGUUGUACUCCUCGUACCCUGACAACCAUGCCACCGCUUGCCAGUGGGAAGGGCCCUUCGCAUGUGGCGGCUUCCCCUCCUGCCCCUGUCGAGGCGAGCCUGACUCAGCUGCUGGCCGGUGCCGAGAGCCUCCAACUGCCAAGCGCCAUCAAUGCCGGACUUGUGCACUCAUUUGCCACCCAAAGCGCUGUGCAGCCCUUUGCCUUGGGUAUGAGCAUGGACUUGAAGCACAUUGAGGCGUCCGUGCGCGCGACCGAAGCCCUGCUCGGGCCGGCCGAUGACUCUUGCCAUGGCUUGCUCCAGGAGCGCGAUGGCCUGCUCAGUGCGGCUGAGGCUCUGAACACCACUGUUGACCGACUUACCGCGCAGAUGGAGGCCUUGGCCGCCACGGCGAAGCUCCUCAGCCCCGAGGCCCCCGAGUCGGUCUUCGAUCGGACGUUCGUGGACCCCAUGCAGCAGGAGAUGCUCAGCAACGCCAGUGCCAAGUUGGAGCGCACGACUGCCGCCUUGGAGGCCCUGGACCAGCGCCUUCUCCAUCUGGUGGCCAACCGCGAUGUCAUCACCUCUGCUCGCCAGGCCAUGCUGACGACGGUCGACCAACGCCUGGCAUCGGUUUCGCUCUUGGCAGACACGGUGGCCAGCUCGCUGGAUGACGUGUCCGAUCGCCUUGGACGCCUGAACCUUCAGAAGAACACCACCGAGGAAGGCCACAACACGGAGAGUCUCCUUCGGGAGGCCCUAUUCAAUAGCCUGGCUGUGUCCACCAUGCCUGGCGGAUUGGUCACUGCUGACGAAGCUUCGGCCACUGCCGCGAGCCCCCCUGCACUGACCCCGGAUGUGACCCUGCGAACUGGGGCGCUGUUGCUCGGGGCCGCGCGUGAUGGGCAUUCGCGCAUCACCACCACCCCCUUCCAUCCUCUUGGGUCUUUGCUGUCCACCAGUGGCGAGCGCCCCCCCAAGCAGGCUCCUGGCAUUGCCGCCACUGGCUACCUGACGAACAGCCAGUUCUACGAUCUCUUUGACUCGGCGUCCGCCGACUCUUCGGCCGAAGGGAAGAUCUCAUUCCGCAAGCCUCCGCAACUGGCGGAAUUCUAUGCGACGGCCAAUAAGGAGAUGCUUCGCUCCCAGGCCGCCGCGAAGGAGAAGGAGCAGCAGCGCCUUCACCAGCAGCAGCAGCAGCAGCAGCAGCGCCUUUACCAGCAGCAGCAGCAGCAGCAGCAACAGCAGCAACAGCUGAAGGAUGCCCAGUCUAAGGGCCUUUCAGAUACGCUGCCACCACUCGGCGACUCGGCAAAUGAGACGUCCCUGUCGCGACCCUUGACCCUGGGAGAUUUACAGCCAGCGACUGGCCUAUCAGGUAAUGGUGUCAACCAGGCACUGGCCGCAGAGAAGGCCGCCGCCGAGAAGGCUGCUGCUGAGAAGGCCGCCGCUGAAAAGGCUGCUGCUGAGAAGGCCGCCGCUGAGAAGGCUGCCGCUGAGAAGGCCGCCGCCGAGAAGGCCGCCGCCGAGAAGGCCGCCGCCGAGAAGGCCGCCGCUGAGAAGGCCGCCGCUGAGAAGGCCGCCGCUGAGAAGGCUGCUGCUGAGAAGGCUGCUGCCGAGAAGGCUGCCGCUGAGAAGGCCGCCGCUGAAAAGGCUGCUGCCGAGAAGGCCGAAGCUGAGAAGAUUGCUGCCGAGAAGGCCGAAGCUGAGAAGGUUGCUGCCGAGAAGGCUGCUGCUGAGAAAGCUGCUGCCGAGAAGGCCGAAGCUCAGAAGGCCACUGCCAAUCAGACAGUCGCGGCUCCUACCAAUCCUCUUGCAGCAUGGAAUGCCCAGCCGGGUCGGCCAGAGCAGGGUGCCAGCACGCCAUUCAACUCCCCUGGCUCCUCCGGGUCCUCCUCCAUGUCCAUGUCUGGCCUUGGGGCUGCGCUGGGUGAUAAUUCCAGCGGCAUGAGCUCUCUGUCGACAACGGCCUCGCCGUCGCCCUUCGGCGCUGGAGCUGUCGCUCCUGGCGCUAAGACCAGUGCGUUUACGCCCGGUCCUGUUGCCAAUCAACAGCAGCAGCAGCAGCAGCAGCAACAGCAGCAGCAACCGAUGGGCUUCUUCUCCGGCUUCAAUGCUCCUGGCGCCUCGGCCGGUGCCUCGCCCUUCGCCAAGGCCGCGGGCACAACUGCACAGCCCUCCCCCUUCGGUCAAGCUGCAGCUACGCCGGGUGCGCCUGCCUUCGGCACCUCGGGCCCCUUCAGCCAGGGUGCCGCUGCGGCCGGGCCUGGUGCCAGUGCUUCGCCCUUCUCUGUGGCGGCUUCUGGUGGCCAGGGGGCCGGUACAUCGAGCAGCUCUCCCUUUGCCGCCGGCGUCGGCAUGACUGCCGCUGUCACGCCGUCAACCAGCUUCGGAGGCACCCCGACCUUUGGGGCAUCUGGCUUCGGUAACUCCGGCCAUGGUCGCCUUGGGUCGAAUGCCUCUCCAUUUGCUUCCGCCGCCACUGCGGCUGCUGCUCCUGCUGCCGGUGCCCCGGGCGCGUCGCCCUUCGCCUCGGCAGCCGCCGGCGCCGGCACUUCCUCCUUUGCGGCCACUGGAUCGCCCUUUGCCAGCGCCGCCGCUGGUGGCGGACCGGCCCCGGGUGCCGGUGCCUCGGCUUUCGGCGGCUCGCCCUCGCCCUUUAGUGGUCUUGGACCGGGUGCCGCGGCGCCUGGCGCCUCGCCGUUCGGCGGCGGCGGCGGCGGUGGCGCUCCCGCAUUCGGCGCUCCCUCGGGCUUCAAUAACUAUCUCACCUCAUCGAUGGGCGGUCGAGGCUUUGGUGGCCAGGCCUCCGCUCCCAGUCCUUUCGGCGGCCAGCAGCAGCAGCAGCAGCAGCAGCAGCAACCAUCUCAGGGCUUCGGUGCCUUCGGUGGCCAGGCUGCCGGUGGCGGCAACAAUCCGUUCUCAGCGGCGUCCGGUGCCCCCGGCGGGGCCUCUCCCUUUGGGCCUACCAACACUCAAAUGUUUGCUAAUCCCGCCUUCACACAGGUUCGAAAGUGA